GUAAUCACCAUAGUUAAAGCACUAGCAAUGUUACAACUUCCUUUUGAUAUUAAAAAAUUUGUAAGUUCCAAUGACAAGAUUUAUAAAGAUGAUUGUAUGUAUACAUUUGAUACACCAGAAAAUAAUGCCUUAGGAAUUGAUAUCGAUAUAAUUACAUAUUUUGCUUACUCAAGAAAUCCUGAUUUUAAUUAUACCCAGCAGAAUUAUGAGAAAACUGGGAAUUAUUUAUAUUUGAAUAUAACUAAAACCUUAAAGCCCGAAGAGGAAAGAAGAAAGAUUUAUAAUGAAAAUGGUGAAAAGAGUCAAAAGUUGCAAAAAUUAGAAAUUAAAGAAAUUAAGGAUGAAGAAUUCUAUAAUACUAAAAUCACUGUAUAUGAUGUUAAAGCUGAUAAAUCUUAUGAAUUAGAAGAAUUGAGUGCUGAAUUUAAAUCAUUGGUGGAUCAGAUUUUAUCUGCUAAUUCUUCUAAUCGAAAAGAUGAAAUAAAACAAUGGGAACAAGAAAUUAUUGCUUGUGAACAUUCUGUUGAUCUUCAACAAUUUGAAGUUGGUACUGUUGAUUUAAGUAAAUGUACUAAAUGUGAACUUAAAGAAAAUUUAUGGAUUUGUUUACAUUGUGGAGCCCUUGGUUGUGGUCGUCAACAAUAUGGGUCCACCUUAAAGGGGAAUGGUCAUGCAUUAGAUCAUUAUGAACUUACUGCUCAUCCAGUUGCAGUUAAAUUAGGUUCAUUAUCAGAUAAUGAAGAAAGCUGUGAUGUUUAUUGUUAUAAUUGUAAUGAUGAAGUUAAAGUUCCUGGUUUAUCAUAUAAAUUACUUAAAUUUGGAAUUGACUUACAAUCGCAAGUUAAAACAGAAAAGAGUUUAAUUGAAUUAAAUAUUUAUCAAAAUUUAAAUUGGGACUUCAAAUUAGAAGGAGCUGAUGGGGAAAAGUUACCACCAAUUUAUGGAAAGGGGUAUACUGGGUUUCAAAAUUUAGGUAAUUCAUGUUAUUUAAAUUCUGUUAUUCAAGCAUUAUUUGAUUUACCAAAUUAUCAAAAUUUCUUUAAAUCACUUAGUGUACCAGAUACUAAGAAUCCUGCUGAAGAUUUAACAACUCAAUUAAUAAAAAUUUAUGAUGGAUUAUGGAGUGGAAGAUAUUCUAAACCAGGUUCAUUAAAGGGAGAUGAUUAUCAAUUAGGAUUGAGGCCAUCAUCUUUUAAGACUCUUAUUGGAGACAAUCAUCCUGAAUUUGCAACUCAAAGACAGCAAGAUGCAUUUGAAUUUUUAUUAUAUUUCCUUGAUAAAGUCGAUAAUCAAUUUGGAAUUAAAUUGAAUGAACCUUUGAAAUACUUAUUUUCUACAAAGACAACUUGUGCCAAUUGUAGUCAUGGAUCAAUUAAGACUGAACUUAUUGAUAAUAUAUCAAUACCAAUUGAAGAUGAAGUAUUAUCAAUUGAUGAAGCUGGUAAGAAAAUUUAUAAAGAAGUUAAGUUUAUUAAUGGAUUUGAAACUUUAUGUGAAUCUGAAGGUGUUGAAGGUUAUAAAUGUGAUAAUUGUGGUGCUGAACCAGGUUUAGCAAUCAAAUCAAGUGGAUUUAAAACCUUUCCAGAAGUUUUAAUUGUUAAUGCUCAAAGAAUUAAAUUAGAGAAUUGGGUUCCAAUUAAAAUUGAUGUACCCAUUGAGAUUCCUGAUGAAUUAGAUUUAAGUAAUUUUACCGAACCUAAAUUUGAAGGUGAUGAAGUUGAAUUAGUUGAAGUUAAAAAGACAUUCAUACCUGAUGAUCAUCUUUUCGCUUCUUUAUCAGGUAUGGGUUUACACGUAAAUAAAUGUAUAAAGGGGUUAUAUCAUACCAAUAAUACUGAUAUUACAGCAGCCCUCAAUUGGAUAUUUGAACAUACGCAUGAACCAGAUAUUGAUGAACCCUUAAAUCUUGAACCAGAAGGACCAAAACCAACAAUAUUGAAUCAAAUGUCUCAGGAAUCUAUUGACAGUUUAGAGGAUAUGGGAUUUAGUGCUGAAAUGGCUAAAAAGGCAUUAUAUGUCAAUAAAAAUGAUGUUAAUUUAGCAAUUGAAUGGUUAUUUAAUAAUCCUGAUGAUAAUGGAAUUAUUGAUACCGAAUCCGCCAUUAAUCUAGAGGAAGAAAAUGAGCAAUUAAAAGAGAGAUUAUUGGCAUCAUCUACAGAUCAAGGUAAAUAUAAAUUAAAAUCGGUCAUAUGUCAUAAGGGUACCUCCCCUCAUACUGGUCAUUAUGUGGUAUUUAUUAGAAAACAAAUUGAUGGGGUAGAUAAGUGGGUUUUAUACAAUGAUGAAAAAGUGGUGGUAUGUUCCAAGGAUAACUUGGAUGAUAUACGAACAAAUGGAUAUGUUUACAUAUUUGAAAAAGUUUAGAAUGUGGCAAAAUAGUUAAUCUGCUAGAUCUUAUCUCGGUGUUAGUUUCUCAAAUUUGUGCCACUCGUCAAGCCGACCAGCAUUUUUACCGAUUCCGAUCGUUUACGUAGGUGAGAUUCUCACGUUGGUCGAGAUUAUGUCAUAUAUAGUAGAUUUUUAAAUAUAUAGUUUACAGCUACAUAAACACAUCCUGUCUU